GAAGGGCGUGGUAGCUGCAGGUGAGUAAGAGCGCAGAUCAAGGCGGAAGUGAAGAACACGGUGGAGAGAACAAACCGUCUACUGAGGCGUUGUUUUUUAUAACUUAACGGACAACAGCAGCACUCUGUAUAUGAGUUAAACUAAGAGCUGAUUUCCAAUCUUGUUUUGACAUUUCAGAUUCUAGGCCUCUGCCCCAGCUCCAUAAUGGGCGGAUAUACUGGGUUGUCCCACUGUAAACUGGCUCUGGCCUUUGCCGUGUUUAUGGAUGUAGUGGGUGGAGCCGCUCUGCUGGUGGGGGUCUUCGCCAAUCUGAAGAUCCAAGACAGGGACUUUGGAGAUGUGUUGGUCUACUCUGGAGCCCUGUUUUUACUCGUGUCUCUGGCCGGAUGGGUGUUGUGGUACAGCGGAAACAUCGAGGGCCUGUCACUUGCAGAUGACAAGAAGCAGGGACACAUCAGCUACGCCGUCGACCGCAUCGCCCGAACCCUCAGCCGCAAGAUACGCUCGCACAGAUACCACAGCUGAGCAGGAAGUCCCUUUCAUUUUAAAAGCCUUUUGAUGGUGUUCAGUGUUAAUGAAAAACAGAUGCUGAAUCAAACUGUGUGUGAAAGUGUUACAGACCUCUCCAAAGAUUUCAGUGUUACAAAGCUGAACUGUUUGCCUUAUUAUGACCAGUAUUCUUCUUGUUUAUAUAUGUCAUCUGACUGUUGUUUAACAGAGCAGUGGUGUCUCAUUGGAUUUCAAUAAAAAAAAAGCACUUUUUAUAAUUAUGAAAA